AUGCGUGUUGUGGUGCUUGCCACCGUUUUGAUAGUGAAGUGUUGGUGCGAUAUAAGAGUGUCAGUCGAUCGAGUAAAAGGAGGAUACAAUGUAAGUGUUACCGAUCGUGUUUGGCUUCGCUCAUCUCAUACAAGUUUGUAUGCCGAUGAACGCUGGUAUUCAUCUGACGAUGGUUCACUUCCCCUCAUCGAUACACGUCUUGAUCAAGGCAAUGAUGAGAAUUUAGGUGAAUGGAAUGAGACUCAAUUGAUCUAUAGUCUUAUUCGUAGUGGAAUACAGACUAAUGUAACUGGUCGAGUACGUCAAUGGCGUUCAAUUUCAGCGAUUACUUUUCAUUUGGACAUUGGCAAUGAACCUUUGACGAGCAGUGAUUCCUUGAGUAUGGACGAAGUUCGAACAGUAUUUCCUUCGUUCAAUAUUGAACGGAUAGAUAUGAAUGAUCAACAAGGCUAUUUCACAUAUGCAGAUUAUAUGAUGGGUGACAUGGGCAAACAUGCAGGUACCUGGGAUUCUUCCAGUAAAAUCAUCCAAUCUGGUAUCAAAGCAGGUCCUAUUGUUCUUUUCAAUUUGGCUGAACGAGCACAAGGCGAUGUUCUCAUUCUCUCACCUUUUUCUCACUUUAUGGCCACUUCACUAAGUCAACGAGCGAAUGUCUUAGAAUAUGAUGUGAUGGGUUCCGUGUCGAUAGUUCCUGCUAAUUAUAAUCAUUCUAUGAUUGUCUUCUAUUCAUCUCAUGGUGUCAAGGAAGCAAUGCGUGAAUGGGGUCAAUCAAUGCGACGAGCAUUCAAUCGAACGAUGGAACAUCGUCUUCAUGAUAUAACCGUCAAUUAUCUGGGCUACUAUACAGACAAUAGUGGCUACUAUUAUUAUCAUACGGAGACAGAAAUGAAUUAUGAAGAGACAAUGAUAUCGAUUUCCCAAAAAAUCUCAUUACCAUUUCAUUAUAUUCAAAUUGACUCAUGGUGGUAUUAUAAGGGCAUCGGCAAUGAUGUUUCUGAGUGGUCAUCUCGUCCGGAUAUCUUUCCUGAUGGUCUCCCAGCAGUCCACCGUCGAAUGAAAUAUAUUCCUUUAGCAGCACACAAUCGUUACUGGGCAGCUGAUACGAUCUACUCGACAAAUUAUACUUUUGUGAUUGAUCAUAUUAAUGGAAAGGCUCUGCCGAUUAGUAAUGAUUCAUUUUGGAUUGAUCUGUUCGGCGAGGCAUCUCAGAAUUGGGGUUUGAUUCUAUACGAACAAGAUUGGUUGAAUGUACAAACGAUUGAUUUCAUACCGACACGUACUGAUAUUCAUCUCGGACAACGAUGGUUAACAUCGAUGAGUAAAGCAGCUGAACACAUAGGAGUUAAUAUUCAAUAUUGCAUGAGCUUACCUCGCCAUGCUCUACAGACUCUUGAAAUUCCACGCGUGACACAAGCACGUGUAUCGGAUGAUUAUGCUGUUCAUCUUCGUCAACAAGACUCUCAAUGGACAAUUGGAGUGUCGAGCAUGUUGGCCGAUGCGAUUGGUGUGGCUCCAUAUAAAGUUGUUUUUUGGUCGAAUUCAAUUGAACCCGGAGCUCCGUACAGAGCACCGGUAAUGGAACCAGUUCCAGAUCGAGAAAUACUCAUUGCUACCCUCUCGACAGGACCGGUCGCUUCGGGCGAUGCAAUCAAUUAUACAGACGUCAAACGAAUAAUGCGAUGCUGUAGUGAAGAUGGAGCCAUUUUGAAACCUGAUCGACCAAUAACUAUGAUCGAUGCACUCGUUGCAGACUGGGUCCAAAACAACGGAGUCUCUCAAGGAGAACUCUAUUCGACUCGAUCGAUACUGUAA